GCGCUAUGGCUUACCGAAGUGGUAAAAACCACAGCUGACAACUGCCUUGCAGUUUCAUUCUCUCUUUGUUUUGCUUGCUCAUUUUUAGGGUUUCAGUAUUUCAAAUACUUAUUUUUCUCGAGAAACAAACACACAAGGAGGAAGACAAUUCUUGCGAAAUCAAAGAAAGAACGAAACUCAUUUUUAAAAAGGGAACAAACUACAACGAUCCGUGAACUGUUGGAAUUCCGAAUAUGAAAAACCAACCUCGAAUUUCCUUGACCACAAUGCUUGCUUGAUAUUGGACACUCUGAUGAAAGGGUUUUAGUUUCUCGUGUUUGUAACCCCUGGUUUGUGAGAAUGGAGAGGUCUAGAUCUAAGAGGUACUACUAUAAUGACCAAGACUAUGACUCUGAGACUGUUGGUAGAACCAGACCCAGGUACAACAACCAUUACGGGAACAAUAAUAAUCAUCGCCACCGUGGUAACGCCGGAGGUGGAGGCGGAGGAGGUGGUGGAAGGACUUCUAAGCCGCCUCAGCCAGACCAAUCUCUUUCGGUGACCACAAGUUACCGAAUCCUUUGUCACGAUAUGAAGGCCGGCGGUGUAAUUGGCAAGUCCGGUAGUAUCAUAAAGUCGAUUCGACAACACACCGGAGCGUGGAUCAACGUGCACGAGCUGAUUCCCGGUGAUGAGGAGCGAAUCAUCGAGAUUUCCGAUACUCGGCGGCGAGACCCGGAAGGCCGAAUGCCGACCUUUUCGCCUGCCCAGGAGGCUUUGUUUUUGAUCCACGAGAGGAUUCUCGAGACUGAUGUUCCUGGGUUUGGUGGUGGAGAGGAGGAGGAUUAUGGUGGAGUUAGAGGUGGUGGCGGUGGUGGGAACCGGGUGACGACUAGGCUGGUCGUGUCGAGAAUGCAUGUGGGGUGUUUGCUUGGCAAGGCAGGGAAGAUUAUUGAGCAAAUGAGGAUGGAGACUAAGACCCAGAUUAGGAUUUUGCCUAGAGACAGUAAUCUGCCUCGCUGCGUUUCAAUGUCGGAGGAGAUUGUUCAGGUUUUAGGCGAUGUAAAUGCUGUAAAGAAUGCAGUAGCAAUAAUUUCAUCACGGUUGAGGGAGAGUCAGCAUCGUGACCGUAGUCAUUUCCAUGGGCGGUUGCAUUCCCCCGAACGUUUCUUUUCUCCUGAUGAUGAUUUUGUUCCUCACAUGAACAAUGCAGGUCGCCGGUCAACUAUGGAGGGACCUGGUUUUGGAUCUCGCUUACCUGCCUCCAAUAACAGAGGAAGCAAUUAUGGCUCCCGUUCAUCUGGUUUAACAAAUGAACCUGGUUCUGGCCCCAUGGCUGACAAUAUGCAGCAGCCCUUCUAUGGUGAGGAUCUUGUGUUUCGAAUACUGUGUCCAAUUGACAAGGUUGACAGUGUUGUUGGUGAGUCUGAUGGGAUUAUAGAUCUGCUUCAAAAUGAAAUCGGUGUGGAUGUUAAAGUUACUGACCCUGUGGCUGGAUCAGAUGAACAGAUUAUUAUCAUUUCAUCUGAGGAGGGCCCUGAUGAUGAGCUCUUUCCAGCUCAGGAAGCUCUGUUGCAUAUUCAAACUCGCAUUCUUGAUCUUAUUCCUGAGAAGGACAACAUUGUAACUACUAGAUUGCUUGUUCCCAGUGGUGAUAUUGGAUGUUUAGAGGGAAGAGAUGGAUCCUUGUCAGAAAUAAGAAGGUUAACUGGUGCCAAUAUUCAAAUUUUACCUAGAGAUGAACUUCCUACAUGUAUAUCAGGAAGUGAUGAACUCAUACAGAUAGUAGGGGAGAUAAAAGCAGCCCGAAAUGCCCUUGUUGAGAUGACAUCAAGACUUCGAAGUUACUUAUAUAGGGAGUUCUUUCAAAAGGAUUCUACACCACCUUUUGUCUCUGUAUCUGGCGCUUUUGGUGGUGCUGUGGGACAGGGGAGCUCCUCUCCUGGCAGAACUCCAGUUCGCGAUAACCAUACCUUAAGUGAUCCUUCUACUGCUACCUAUCAAAAUGCUCAAACUGUGAUAACAGCACCGUCAGUGAAGGAGACUGGAAUUGAAACAACAAAGCAGAAUGAGAAUGAUCGGCGUGAAGACCCUCCUAGUGGUUUGAAUAGAAUCUCCGUACCACUUGUCACGAGGAGUACAAUUGAAGUUGUCAUACCAGAACCUGCAGUUCCAAAGCUCAUAACAAAAUCGAAAAACAAGCUUGCCAUGAUUAGUGAGUUAUCAGGAGCCAAUGUAACCCUGUUAGAAGAUAGACCAGAGUUGACCCAAAAGAUCAUUCAAAUAUCAGGCGCUCCCGAACAAGUUGAGAGAGCACAGAGCUUGAUCCAAGGCUUUAUUUUAAGCACACAAGAAGACGGCCCAUAAAUCAUCUGAAGGUGAAAGUUGAUGAAGCUGGCCUUGCUGGGAUUUAUGGUACCAAGUUAUAAGUUGUUCUAGAAUGGUUCUUUCUUUUCAUUCUAAGAUGCAUGUUCUUGGAAAGAAAAGGAUUUUGCUCCAUCCAAUUGAUAAGCAGAUUAUAGUUUAAAUUAGUAUAAAUCUACAUGUAAAUAUGUUGUCAAGGCUGUCAUUUUCUGUUUGUUGUAAUGGUUUCAUUUUCAUGUAUUUAGAAACACUAUCCGGUUUAAUUUUUCAAUUUGCAAUUUUUUUUUCCGUUGAUCAUUUUUCAACGAAGCUUA